AUGGGUGGUGUAUUCUCUAGUAUUGACGUUGACAAAACACUGUAUAGCCAUGCCGACAUACUGGAUCAGCUUUGGGCAUGGUGCGGUAGAUUGGAGAACGAAAUCCAUAUGAGAACAAACCAAGACAACAAAACACAAAACACGGGAUCGGGCGCAGAUGUCCAAUCUCUUUCUAAAAAGAUCGAUGAUGUUAACGCAGAGAACGGUCGCUUGCUCGCCGAUAUUACCACUCUUUCUAGGAAGAUCGAUCACAAUAUUGCAGAUAACAGUCACUGGGAAGCAGACGUUAGAGCUCUACCUUCCAAGUUUCAUGACAUCCUUGCGGCCGAGAUCAAUACUAUCAACGCAAAGUACAAGGGGCUUUCUCUUGGCCUCGGCAUACCUCUAACUAUAGCUGUGGUUCUCUUGUGUGCCAUGUGGAUUCAUCGCAGGUAUCCAUACAUACCGCAACACAUGAGUAACGAGGAAGCUCAGAACUGUAUUAAAAUAUACAAUGCGACACGACGCAAAACCCUCACUGAGAAGGUCUGCGAUAUUUUCUAA